GAUCAAGAUCGCUACUGCAUGCUUUGACACAGAAUCAUCCGCAUUCAAGGAACGAACGUCAAAGGCUCAAAAGGGUAUCUCGGUCGGCGAAACUCGACGCUCGGCCCUUUGAGGUUUGAGGAUAGACGGAGGACAGGCUUUCGUGACGCCGGGCUCCUUAUGGAUUACUCUUCAGCCUCUCGAUCGUUGUUUCGUAAAGCCGCCAGGCAUCACCGAGAAGCAAAGCUCGGCAGCUACGGACCUCUUUGGCUUGCGAAAGCAGUCAAACUAGCCAUCGCAUUUGACUCGUUCCGUCGUCUUGAGGCCAAGCAGGGUCAACAGUGCGACGUUGAUCCGCAGCACACCUCUCCUUCUCUUCAGACCCCUUGAACAGUCCGCGGUGAUACCACUCUUCUGGAAGCUGUUCAUCGAGCCUUCUGACGAAUACCUUUAUUGAAUCUGGCAAACGGACGAGUGCAAAGGGCCUGGAGCUCGGGCUGUUAGCCAUGAUCUGGAUGAUAUCUGCCUGGGUAUUUCCAGGGUGUAUCCGCAUUGCACCGCCAAUAUAGGCGUUGACUGAGGAUUGCUGGAAGUUGAGGGCAGCAUAAGAGCAGACGGGGAUUGACAGGCACGAUGUCAGCCUCGGCUCAGCCUCGCACGUGAUCACUUAGUAACAGCAAUCAAUCCCUCCACCCCCUUCAGCCGCAGCUGAGUCAACUCGGAAUGCAGACACGAUCCAGGCUAUUCUUCAUAGACGCCUACGGAAGGCAACUGAAGAACCUUUUCGCCUGUCCAAACCAGUCCGCGAAUCCCUUUCAAGCCUAAGCACACCUGAGCAUACCUGAGAUUUACCUCCUCCCAUUAAGCGCAGGCGCCUCUUCCUCGAUCCUACACAUCCUCCACACUCCCACGGAAGCCUUCCCCAGCACAAGGGAAAUCAGCAUCCCUAUACAAAAGAACACAAUGGUCAUCCUCGGCGGCCUCGAACUCGUGGCAGCAGGCUACCUUCUCAAAGAAGUUGCCAAAGACAGCAAGGAGGAAGAAGAGCGCGACCGCGACCGCCGACGGCGUCGACGAAGACGCCACUCCCGAGAUGACCACCACCACCACCACAGUGGAGGUCGCUAUGACGACUCGCCGCUCAGCCGACCGAAUCGUCCACCGCACCAGAAUUCGCUUUACCCUCCAAGCGGUCCGCCUCGACCGAACAGCGCACCGCCCGCGCAGAACGGCAGACCACCCAUGCCUCCUGGUCCACCGCCGCCGAACAACAUGAUGUGGCAGCAGCAGCAGCAGCAGCAGCACCCUCAACCCUACCCGCAAGGACCACCGCCGAGUCACGGAACUUGGCCUCUCCCACAACAGCAGCCACCACACUACCCUCAAUGGCCAGCAAAGCCGCCGCAACAGCAACAUCAACAUCCUCGCCCGCAGCAGGACAAUCCCAACAACUUUGUCCCUCCGCCCCUGCAGCGCCCUGCGACAGUCAUGCUCCCCCCACCGGGCAUGCACCUUGAUAUGAAGACGGGAAAAUGGCAGAACAACAUGUACCCGCCCGAAAUGUCCCAGGGACAGAAUCAGAACCGGGCCAAGCGAGACGUGGACCUCGACGGUUAUCAUAGCAACGAGCGCAUGCGGCGCGAAAACUCGAAUCCUCCGCACAACGCCUCACAACCCCAGAUUAACGUCAGCCCACCGACCGCGCGCCCACAGGCGCACUCGUUCUCAAACUCUGCCCCGUCUCUGCCGCAGGGUCUUGCGGAGCUCGACGCCGAAACGCCCGGACGGUACAGGCCGCACGGGAAUGAGAAGUACUCGUAUAGUCCGCAGCGUGGCGAGAGACGGGGGCGAGCGCAUUCCGGUUCGUCGUGUACGACAAGGUACUAUGAUGAGGAUGAUAUGAGGGACGCACCACCUGCAUACAGAGAAUAAGUAUGAGUUGGUUAACAAAGUCCCGGCGGCGAAAGAUCACGACUCGUUAUGAUGAAACUUAUGAAUGCACGCUGUCUCAAAUGUAUGACCCAAAUCGAAUGAUGCACGUUUGGCAGUAUACUGGAAUGAAAUGAUGGUUGAGAUGCGCCAGAGUUUCGGCCAGCAUGAGAAUUGAACUGCGCAGAUGCGAUGUUGAGGGAUGAAUGUUAUUGCAUAUCAUGUAUUUGUUCAGUUGAAGCUGAAUAACAUGGAGCUGGUCUCCGUAAUGUUGAUCGAAUGACCAAGCUAAUACAAGUGUUUC